UAGGAACUAAUAUAUUAAUUAGCUGUUCACCCGAGUUUUUACAACAAGGACGAAAAGUCGUAGUUCCGCUGCAACUUCCGUUAAAGAUACAAGGGCUGUUGUUUUCAAAUAUAACAGACGUUUUGUCCAUCACUGUGUAACAUUCAAUCCGAGUUGGAAUCCGGCUCGUGUUGUUCCGGGUUUGAUCACUCAUCAUGAUGCGUUACUGGGGUGAGAUCCCUGGUCCUGCAGGGGCUCCUCCCAGUCGCAGCUCCUUUGACUUGCUCCAGCGUGAGUUUCGCUCAGUGGAGAUGCAGGACCCUCCCCUGCACCAGCCCUCCGCCCAGCGUCCACGGCCCACCACAAUGUUGGACAUCCCCUCAGAGCCCUGCAGCCUCACCAUCCACACAGUGCAGCUGUGUCAGCAUGCCCGCCGCCUCCGUGGCCUCCUGUCAGCAGCCCAAGCCCAGGCUCAGGGUCAGACCUCAGCGUCCUCUGAGGGUGGCAGCAAGCUGGAGGAGGCUGAAACCAACCUUCCCCUGCGUCCUCCCACCCCACCUGUAAUGCCAGAUGACUUGCUACCUGUGGACAGCAAAGCCCCGCGGCAGCCCUUCCUGCUCCGCCACAGUGACCCUGAAAGUGACUUCUAUAAGGGUAAAGGCGAGCCUGUCACAGAGCUGAGUUGGCCCUCCUGCAGGCCGCUCCUUUAUCAGUCCAUAGCCACCAUCUUGGCCCACGCUGGCUUUGAGUCGGCCCAGGAGAGCGUGCUGGAGACCCUGACUGACUUGGUGCAUGAGCAUUACCUGCGCCUCUCCCGCAUGCUGCGGGUGGCUGUGGACCGAGAGGCACGGCUAGGAGCGAGCCCCUUUCCAGAUGUGGUGGAGCAAGUGUUCCAUGAGGUGGGCAUUGGCAGUGUGCUGGCCCUGCAGCGCUUCUGGCAGGUGCGGAUCAAGGACUAUCACAGCUACAUGCUGCAGGUGAGUAAAGAUCUGUCGGAGGAGUAUGAACGACUGGUGAACCCAGAGAAGGCUCUGGAGGACUCCAAGCCUCCGAGGAUCAAGGAGGAGCCCAUGAGUGACAUCUCCUUCCCUGUUAGCGAGGAGCCCGAGGCUGACUUGGCCUCCGGGGACCAAGCUCUGCCCAUGGGGGUCCUCGGGGCCCAUGGUGAAAGGCUGGCUUCAGGCCUGGACGGUGACCAUUCUCCUCACACCUCAGGUGGAGGCGGAGCCAACAACUCCCCGCUGUGGCCCCAGGUAAAAAUGGAGCCGCAGGAUGGCGAGGAGGGCCAGGGUGCUGGCCACCACCACCACCAUCACCACGGUGUCCUGGGUGGAGACGUGUUCGAGGAGGGGGGGCCCAUGUCCACCAUGAGCGAGUCAGGAGGAGCCAUGGCGCCCUCUCCCGGAGGCGCGGCGUCAGACGCCAGCUACGCUUCACACUCGCCCGACUCUUUGAUGGGCACGUCGCCCGUCUUCAACCAAAGGCCCAAGAAACGGGCGAAGAAGAUGUGAAGCGGGAGUGGACCCUGAACUCACCAGCAAGUCUUCCACAUGAGCUGGAUGUAUGACUCAUCUGAACAAAGUGACUGAACUGAACUGAUGUGGAGAAAGAAAUGUUGUAGUUUUUUAUGUUUGUUUGUAUGUCUAGUUCCUCUUUGGAUAUAAAUAAUGGGUUUAUUGUCAAAAGAAUAAACACCUUUUGAAGUAA